AUGCCAGUCCUAAACAGAAUAGGCGAUUUGGAAACGGGCAUAAGCUCUCUCCAAGACCCGUCUUUUCUCUCUCAGUUUCUCUCGUUCUCCGUCAGGACGAUUUCGCAGGCCUACAGUUUCUGGAUAUGGGGUGCUCUGAUCCUCGCCCUCGUCGCUUCUUUCGGCACCCUAAUCAACCGAAUCAGAUUCCUCAUCAUCAAGUACCAGAACAACCUCGUCUCGGUGUCGCCGUCUCAGUCCCAGCCUUUUCUCAGGAGCUGCCUAGACGGUAGCGAGGAAGACGAUGCCUGCUCCUCCUCGUCCUGCUCUGCUCCUUCUUCGGAAACAGAGGAAGACGAAAUCGAGCUUACGAGGUCGCCUCUCGAAGACCCAUCGCGAGACCACGAAGUUUUCGUCGUUAGGGGCUCGGCGUGUCCGCAACGCGAAGGCGUGAGCUCGAAUCUCCGGCGCCGGCGGAGCUUCUUCUGCGACCACUUGUCGGGCUUCUGCGACCGGACGAACAUCGUCCAGCUCUGGAAUCUAGGGCUCGAGAUCGGGGUAGACCCCGAAGGAGAAUCUCCGGCUUCGUUCGGCGAGGCGGCUCUGCAGGUCCUCCGCUGCCGCCGCGGCGUCAGCGUUCAGGAGGGCGCCGGUGGCCGCCGCGCGCGGGGGCGAAGUGGUCGUCGGAGAAGGGCCUCCGGUGGGGGUGGUGGUGGUGGCCGUAGCACAUGGCGGAAGCUGCGGCGGAUUCAGCAGCAGUCGUGGCCGGCGGAGAUGGAGAUGGAGGAUGCCCAAUAA